GUUGCUUUGGCGCGCCCAAUCCCAUUCCAUUCCAUCCCAUCCCAUCCCUAAAUAACAGUAACGAGAACUUCAAGGUCCCUUUUCUUCUUUCGCUCGCGCUCUCUCUCUCUUUCUCAAGGUCUAAGGUCUGAAUGUCCUCGGCGACCAUGCUUUCCACUUCCUUGUCACUAUCAGCUGCUGCCUCUCGCCUUCCUCUCCCCACAAUCCCCAAAUUCCCACUUCCAAACUCUGCCACAAUUUCUUCAUUUUCCCUGCAUCUCACUAGAUGUUCUCUCUGUAUAGCCACCGAGCCUUCGCCUUCGCCUUCGCCUUCGCCUUCGCCUUUGAAAGAAGAUCAAGAACGCCAUGUGAAACCUUCUCUUGCGGAGGUCUCCAGGACUAUUAUGGAACUCGCCUCUGUUGGAACGCUGUCAACCACGGUUGACGAUGGGUGGCCGCUCGGUAUUGGAGCUCGGUUCGUCGUUGACGCCCAGGGACUGCCGGCUCUGUGCUUGAAUGACAGCGAGAGGUUCUUCCAGGCUUGUGGAAAGUCAAGUUUUCAUGUUGGGUUUGAGCAGAGUGGUUUGCGCACCCCACAAUGCACUAUUUUGGGGAGCUUAAACAAAACUGAGGAUGAAUCGCUCUUGAAGAGGCUUUGCACGAAAUGGGAAAGAAAGUUUGGUGAAGAAGUGGAUAAGGACUUUUUGUAUGUGAUUUCAGUUGAACGUGUCCUUCAGGUGGAAAAUUUCAAUGAGGGUGGCCUCUGGGUAAACUCAUUGGAAUAUAUAAAUGCUGAACCUGAUCCACUUAGGAACUUUGCUGCAAAGAUCGUCAAUGAAAUGAACUCUGUACAUUCUGAAGAAGUCCGCCGAUUGUGCAACAUUUAUGUGGACACAGAAUUUCAGGUUAGAGACACAAAGAUGAUAUGGGUUGACCGGCUAGGCUUUGACUUGUAUGUAUAUUCUGGCGACAGUGUGUUUGCAGUCCGCAUCCCAUUUCCUAGUGAAGUCACAGAUGAGAAGGGUGUGAAAUCAUCGUUCAACUCCAUGUCUCACUUGGCAUGGGAGAUAGAGAAGAACUACAUCGCUCUGGAUUUUGAAAAAGUCAAGACUCUGAAGAAGAUCAGAUAGUCUAUCCAUAACAGACUUUCCCACGGCUACUUCUAUCCAGUUUCAGAGCUGUUAUUUAUUGUGCUUUUUCAGCUGUAAAAGACAGCAACAUAUUGUAUUCUUUGGCAUGGUUUUGCUGUAUCAACAUUCAACAAUCUGUGGCAGAAUUUUUAUUAAUGGAAAUGGAUUGAAGAUACA